GGGAAGGGAGGGACCGGCGAUGGGGAACGGAACGCGAAUCGCCCCCUCCUCUUUCUCCCUCCCUCCUCCCCUCCGAUCCGCCGCCCGCCCUCUCGGCUUCCGUCCCCUCCCCCUCCCGCAAAGGCCCGGAUGGAGCUGCCGCCGACUCGCCGCCGCCUGGCUCCGGGGGAUGGUUUUGUCAGGCGGCCAGAGCCCGGCGCCAGGCGCCGCCGCCGCCGCCCCCAGGGCGCCCCUGCCCUCACUUCCCAGAACCGCGUUCCCGAGGGACCCGGGCCCUCCGCCUGCCUUCGCCCGGAGCCGGGCCGGGGGCAUUCGUCGCCUUUGUUGCCACCGUCUCCGCCGGAACCGUUUGCGAGCCCGGUGCCCCCCGCCCCUCCGCCUUCCCGGAGCCCGGGCCGGGGGCGGCACGUGGGCGCCAGCCCGGGAGCGGAGGCGGUGCGCGCUUACCUGUCGCCGGUGCCGCGGUGGCGCGGGGUGUGGAGGAGGCACCGCCGGGCGGCCUGGCCGUGCCCUGCCCGCCGCCGCCGCCUCUCGCUGCUGCUGCUGCUGCCGCCGCGGUCGGUGUCUCCGGCGGCGGCGGCGGCGGGGCUUUUCCUGUCCGGUUACGUUAAGGUCACAUGACCGAGCGAGCGGAGCGACUAGUGCAGAGGCUGCGAGCGGCUCCCGCCGGGGGGGAGGCGGCGAGCGCAGUGGCGGCAAGAGCCCCUCCGCCCCCCUCCGCCGCCUCCCCUCCCCCUCGCCCGCCUCCGCCUCCGCCUCCUGCUGCUCGGCCGCCGCCGCCUGCAGCGCUCGCUCCGCUGCCGCUCCCACCCGGGCUCCGCGCUCCGCCUCAGCCGAACUUCUGCAGGCCAUGUGCAGCCGCGGCGAGGAACUUCUCUCCGCGCACCGGGGCCGGAGGCCCGAGUCACGAGCCCCGUGUUUACGUGCGGGGUUUCGGACUCGAGAUGCAGUGGACUUGAGAGCCACCGAGAUCCUAAGUCACGGAUACCUGUUGUCACCAGCGGCGAUGGGAGAGCCGUGCCGGUUGGUGCUGUGUGUGGAGGCAGAGGUGCCAGCAGACUAGCUGGGUGUGAUCGAAGAUGUUUCUGUCGGGAUUGAAUUGGUUGUUUAUUUCAGUCACUGGGUUUUAGCUUUUGAAGCUUUGGUCCAAGAAUAUCCGUCUGCAAGGCGUGUUUGCUGCUUAAGGACAGUUCCCUCUGCUGUUGACUUUGGUGUCCAGAGUGGCCGGUCUGUGAAUGCAGAGGUCCCAGGCCUUUUCGCAGGGGCGCCCCGAGCUGCCAGAGGGCAGGCGAGGGGACUUCGUCGGGUAGUCAUUCUUAACCUUUUAAAGUUUACUGGUGUGUUGUUGCCGUUUUGCUAGAGUUUUAUGUCUUUGGAAGCACAGCGUAGUCCCUUGAGGACUGGAUGUAAUAACUUACAUGCACAGUAUUUUGAAGUCUUAAAAAUGAAUGCGGCUUGAUGUUUCGGGGGAUGGAGGCGGCAGUUUGCAGGGUACUUUGGUUUGAGAGCGUGUUGUCUUGGUCACAAGGUCCUUGAUUUGUUGUCCAGCCCAUGUUGGUUUACAUAGCUCAGUGCCCUGGCACAUAGUUCACAGGUAUUUAAGGCACGAUUACUAUCUUAGACAGCUAAUGCACAUACAGAAAGAAGUGUCCCUUCUGAAACUCUGCGUUUGAGCUAGUGACCCGGGUAGUUCCAUGGUGCUGCCGGUGACUGCUUCCCUCUGGAGAAGGAGUAGGCAGCUGUGUAACUAGUGGUCCAAACGUGGGUAAUGGGUUUAUGCAUACCUGCCUUGGACUUCUCUUGUUCUUUGAUCAGCGAGGUAAAUGACGUGAGUGGUUAAAUGUCUGCCUACAAAACCAAAUUCUGACCCUGGUGUAAGUAUUUCUGGUGGGCUAUCGCUAAACAUCAAAGUUGGCCUUCAGGCUGACAGGCCUGCUUCUUGGAUUGGCUCUCCAGUUGAGAUCUGUUUCAUCUUACUGGGAAACUAAAGUGGUUUUGAUUGGUAGAAAGUCCUAUUAAAGAUCUUUGGGUCCUUAGUUCUUUUAGACCUUGACUCUGAACUUUCAAGUUUAUGAUAUGAUGGAGUGCUUACACGGAGGGUGAACUGGUUUAAGAGAAACUAAAGAGAGAAAGUGGGCGAAACUAGUGCUGAAGUUUUAGAUGAAAACCCUGAAGUAGAAACUUGCUUAUGUAUUUAGAGUAAUUGGCUUUGAGUCAAAGAAACGAUGCUUUUUUUAAAAAAAGAUUUUUUAAAAUGAGAAAGGGAGAGAGAGAAACAUCAAUGAUGAGAAUCAUUGAUCUGAUCAGCUGCAUGCUGUACACCCCACACUGGAGCUCAAGGCUGCAACCUGGGCACGUGCCCUGAUCAGGAAUCGGACAGUGACUUUCUGGUUCAUAGGUCCACGCUCAACCACUGAGCCAUGCCAGCUGGGUAGAACUGCUUAUUCUUGAAAUCAGUGAAUAGUUCCUCAAUACUACAUUCUGUGUAAUUGUGUAAAAAUAGACCCAGUGGUUAUUCCUGAAACUCAAUCUUAUUCCUAGAGAAAAGUGCUGUCAAGGACUGGCCUAGACUUUUCUCCAAGAGCUGCUAUUCUUUAUUUUUAAAAUAUUUUUAUUGAUUUCAGAGAAAGGAAGGGAGAGCAUGAGAGAGAAACAUCAGUGAUGAGAGAGAAUCAUUGAUCGGCUGCCUCCUGCACACCCCACACGGAAUGGAGCCCACUACCUAGGCAUGUGUCCUGACCGAGAAUUGAACCGUGACCUCCUAAUUCAUAGGUUGACGCUCAACCACUGAGCCACGCCUGCUGGCUAGAGCUGCUAUUGAAUUUAGAAAUGGUCAAUUGUUUUGCUGCUAGUUCUCUCAAGGCAUAGGCAUGCAUUCUUAGAUUUUGUCAAGUAUGCUAAUUAGUUUGACUUUUAGUUACCAUCAAGUCAUAGCAUUAUAAGGGAUGCUGUACAGAUUAUAUCUGCUUUCUGCAACUUGGAGUAGAAAUAAUGAAAUGGAUGCAUACGCAAAGUUUGGGGAGAAAACUUAGUCUUUGCAAGAAGGACUAGUGUCUCCAGGGAAAGCUGUUAGUCUGGUUGUGGGAGAGCCACAAGUCACCUGAAUUAAGUAAUAAGAAAAGUAAGUUAAAUUUUCUGUUUAGUGUUUAUGUGCUGAGUUUGCAUUUUGGAAAUACAUUUGGCAGAUUAGGCGUUCAAAAAUAGUUUCACACAUUUCCCAAGAAAAUCAUAGUGCAAGCAAAUAAAUAAUCUGAGUGGAUUCAUCAAAAGUUGUUAUACAUAAAUAUUCUGCAAACUCUUGUAGUGCUGAAAGUUUUGAUAAGUUAUGCUGAGGUACAUGAGAAAAAUAUGCUUGCUGUGUCCUGAAGAGAUAGGUCCAGUGAGCCUUGGACUGUGGGCAGAAAGCAAUUUAAUAAUACUGUACUUGUUUUUUGCAGAAAUUGGUGUGUGUGCGCAGGUUGAAGAUGGGAUUUCCUUUAACACUGUUUAUUAAAGUAAUAUACUAAUAAAUGUGGGUGUAUCCCAGA